AUGGACCCAGCCAGCCGAGCGCUGGUGCAGACCUUGCCUCUAGGCGUGCGUGAUACGUAUGCUGCUCGAUCGGAACACAGCAAUGUUCCAAUCUCUACCCUUGUUCAUCGCCGCAACGGCCGACGCUCGCGCGAGGAGCAGGCGCAGCGCCAGCAGUACCUCAGUCGAGAGGAGGAGAAAGCUCUGGUACAGUUCUUGCUGCUAAUGUCUAACCUUGGCCACCCAGUGCGCAUCAAGUUCAUACGCCUUCUAGCUUAUAGUAUAGCUCGUCAGCGGUCCACGAAGACGCAACCGAUCAAGCCCCCGGGCAAGAAUUGGCCGAAAGCCUUCGCAGAGCGUCACCCAGAGCUACAAGCGAGAAAAGUCAAGUCGAUAGACUGGAAACGUCACGAGAACAACGUAUAUGGCAAGAUAGUCGAGUGGUUCGAUAUAAUCGGACAGGUGCUGCAGGACCCGGCUGUCUUGCCAGAGAACGUGUACAACAUGGACGAGACGGGCGUCAUGCUAAGCAUGCUUGGCUCGGUCAAAGUCCUGGUAGGUAAGGAUGACCGGCGGAACUAUAGAGGUGCGGGUGUAAAGCGGACGAUGGUCACCGCUGUCGAGUGUGUGAGUGCAGAUGGUAGGGCGCUGCUGCCACUCAUUAUAUGGCCCGCUUCAACUCAUCGCAGUAACUGGACUACCCACGAGACCCCGGGGUGGCAUUAUGCGCACUCGGAGAACGGCUACAACGACUCCAAGAUCAACUUGGAGUGGCUCACACGCGUAUUUGAUCCUCAAACCAGAGCACGAGCUAACGGGAAGCCACGUGUGCUAAUCUGCGAUGGCUUUGGAAGUCAUGAAACACUCGAGAUCCUGGAGUUCUGUCUUACUAACAACAUUAUCCUGUGUCGUCUGCCCUCCCACACAUCUCACAAGCUACAGCCCUGCGAUGUCGGCCCUUUCGCACCCUUGAAGACAGCGUAUCGUGACCAGGUCGAACGACUCAACCGGGGAGGCAUAGAUAUAGUCGGCAAAGAACAUUUUACCUAUCUGUACAGUCCUGCUAGAGAUACAGCAUUGACGAAAAGGAACAUCAGAGCUGGAUGGGCUGCGACCGGUCUGUACCCCUUUAAUCCGGAAAGAGUGCUGAAAGAUAUCCCGAGACCUCCAGUUGAGGUCAUCAUCCCGGAAGCCACCCUUGCGAGCACCAGUGCGGCUGAUAUAGUGCUUCAAACACCCAUCACACCGGUGACGCCGGUGACAGCGGAAGCGCUUACAUCCUUGCACGACGUGAUUAAACAAGACACUAGCAUGCCUGACGAGACAAGGGAUCGCAUACAGAAACUCGCAAAUGCUGCUCAGAUCUCGUUCGCCGAGCGAGCCCUCCUGAAGGACCGCAACCGUUUUCUCUUCAAGAUCAACAACGAAGCUAAGGCUCGUAGGUCGACCAGAUCCAUCGUGCUAGGAAAGGCGAAAGUGAUGAGUUUUGAGGACCUAGAAGAGGCGAAGGUGAGGCGUGCGGAAAAGGACAAGGCUGCAGCACAGAAGGGACAGCGUGGUCGCAAGCGCAAGGAACUAGCGUCAGAAGCUCUACCGCCAUCAAAUAAAGUAGCGCGAACUGGCGGGGUGAUAGCAUCAGACAACAGUCCAGCAACCUCAUGGAGAAUCCCCGUUGCGAAGAUGUACUAG